AUGCCCCCCAGCCUGCACCCCCAUCUGAGACAGGCGCUGACUACUGACGAUUUCUACCUCCCCCCUCAGGACGCCAUCGAAGAAUUGCCCCUCGAGCACCAUGACCCCGAGCAACGGGCCGCGAAGCGACGACGGGUCGAGGCAAUUGCUGCCCAAUACCUACGAGGCAGGCCGCCUGUCAUCCUCACCGCGGGGCUAAGAGGGCCAUUUGACCCCGACAACUGGAAGAACCCAUGGACGAAACCGACAAAAGAGAAGCGCAAGACAGCACAGGCGGGCAACACGAGACGGAAACGAGGCAGUAGGCCACAGGCUAUAGCGCAAAGUCCGGCGCCCUCGAUAGCCUUGAUAGCUUCACCGGAAACCUCGAGGGCUACCCGAGACAUCCACCUAAGUGCCCAGGAGCCCGACGAUAGCCUUGGUCACGUCCAGGUUGCACCCUCGACUGCUCCAUUAGCAGAUGAAGACGACAUUCGCGCCACCACUACUACAGACUCUUUUAGCGUAGAUGCUGGAACAUGCAUACGCCGCCAAACUCCCUCGACGAAUCCUUUCUCGUUGCGCCGCCCUGACUCAGCUCGUGUCGAUAUGCGCAAAGCCACAAACGAACGAUGCGAUUCAUCACCGACACGGUCUCGGACGCGCCAUAUGUUUUCGCAGACUGAAGCAGUGGCGGAGCUGCGCAUUAGUCUUUCAAAAGAAACAGUGCGCGUGUCGAAGUCGCCGCCAAAAGAAACGUUGCCUGGGUACUGGAAGUCGAGUGCCUCCGCCUCUAUGGACAUUUCAUCGCCCGCUGUGGAUUGUGAAAACACAAGGAGUGGGAGGGAUUACACGGCGCAGACUGUCUACACGCCAUACAGCACCGAGCAAGCACAACGUUCGCAGCGAACCAUCCCAAUAGUCACGUCGUCAAUGGGCAGCCAACUCACAAGAGCUCAGGCAGACCCUGUCGGCACCAAACCCAACAGACCGAAGCCAAGAGCAAUCAAUUUCGAUUCAUCGCCGGAGAAAGAUUCACCCAUUGCAAAGAAACGUCACGAAGAAGCACGGGCUGUCGAAAAUGCUCCAGAGGCAGAGGAAGAGCAGGAAGAAGAAGAAGAAGAGGAGGGGGAGGAGGAGGAGGCACAGGGGGAGAACCAGGCCGAACAACUACAAGAAAGCGAUUUAGGUCGAGGUUCGGAAUGGUGCACACAAGCUGCCAUGGUACGAGCUCAGCUCGAGUUUCAGCAAAGCACAUUCCCCACAUUGUCGCCCGCCACCAUUCGAGCAGAGUCACCAGUAUCGCUAAACACAUGUCGUCGGACAUUGGAUGCGCCAAGUCCAGCGAUGACACCACGUAUAGCCAUGACGGUCGAGCGAAACUCGGCAAUGGCAAAUGAAAGUGUGUUUCGUGGACCGCCGAUCAGCACACAGGAUCUCUUUGGGGCAGCGUCGCCCUUUACGUUUAGCACGGCGAAGAAGAAGACGGAGGAAAGCCAGCGAAGCAACUCAAGGUUUUCCAUGGGACGAAGUGACGUUGGAGCACUAAAGCAGGGCGACGUGACGAACAACAGCCCCACCCCAUCGGCGGGGCGGAUCCCCCUCAAGGACAAGAACACGACGACAUCAUUCUGGAGCUUUGUGUCGGAGAAGGCUUCACAGGGGUCGCAAAAGUCUGUGGGGGAGCGAUCGAGGUGUUCGGCGAGGGAGAGAGAGUUUUCCGGCUUGCACCUUGAUGCGUCGGUCGACGACUUUGGCCGGCACUAUGCAGCGCCGUUUGUAAGAGGGAUAGAGGACGGCCAUCGCCCAACGCCGCCCCUCCACCUGCUGCCAGAGCCCGUUGCUGUGCGCUCUCUUGCGCUAGGUCGCCCCAAGACCUGCUGCCCCUGUUGGCUGUCCGCUGCCUCUCCGCCGCGCCCGACGACUGUCCGCAUCCUGGCCAACCCGUCCAGCGCCCGCCCGGCAAUAUCUGCCACACAUCCCGCCACGAGGUGCCUUUCACACGGUCGAAUCAAUGUCGAGCCCAUGUCACCCCAGCCGGACCUCCAAGGAAAUGCCUCACCCCCCGCCUCGGUGAGGUCCACCGCCAGUCAAGACCAUGCCUUGGUCCCGAAGAGCCUCUCCCAGACGGGCCGCUCGCGUACCGCCCCUCUCGCUCAAGACUCCUCUCUUUGGAAGUCGUCAAUUGACCGUCCCCAGCUCGAUGAGCGCGACAGCAUCUUCGCUACCACCUACCUGGCCUCGGAUAGUCCUAUCUCCUCUCCCCGCGCCACCGCUCGCCAAGUAGACUGGUCCAACGAUGCUCCCGAGCACAGCUUGUCAGACAUGGCCGCCCCAGCUCCUCCCCAAAGGCGACUGAUAGACCCUCCCAUCAUACGCAGAAAGCACUCGACCAUCCCGCCCAUCAGCUCAAUUGACCACCACGCCCUCCUUAACACCCCUUUCAACUCCCGCACAGCCAUGGCCACCGCCAUGUGCCUCGAGACUCCCCAUCACAGUCCUCCGCCUUAUAUGAGUCCCGUCGAGUCCCCCGUCCACCGCCCGGUUACGCCACACCGCCCAGAGCUCCAGUCCACAUUGCAGGGCGCUCUGCUUGAGAGCGACGAGAGGCGCAGGAACAGAGAAUGGCGCGAGGGCAAGCCUGUGCCGUUCAAAGGCAACGUCAUUCUCGACACCCCAGUCAUGGACCAGGAAAUGGAAAAGAAGAUUGAAGCUACUCUUGCCAAGACCGAACAGCCUACCACCGCUCGCAGCCGCAAAGCAAGUCACUAUCUCCGUGUUUUUAAGGAUGGUGACCCCUCAGAGGAGCCCAAAAAGAAAGAAAAGGCCAAAGAGCGCUUACCAAAUGAGAGGACCCUGUCAACCCUGUCAGAGGAAGGAUCAGCAAGAUUCAAUGGGGCUGAAACAAGCAACCUCACUGAGCAACUUCGGCGUGCGUCGCUUGCCUCGUCAGCAGUUCAGUCUCCUGCAGGCGGUCCCAACGAAUCAUAUUUCGAAUCAAAGCCAGGUCCACACACAGACACAGGCAUUGCCAUAACACCUCCUUCUCAAACAAAUGUCCAAGGCGACUCGGACAACCGGCAGCUUCCAAGGCGCCUUCUCGAAGACAUCCGAGGUUUUGGCCACCUCACUCCUAGCAUCAAAAGACGAUCGCCUGUGUCGCGCAGUUUACCGACUGCAGCUAUUGAGAAGAUUCACGCUCACGCACCCACCUACGGAACUCCAUAUCAUCAUGAGUCUUCGGACUAUUUUCAGCCCAAGGAUGGAAGCAGCAGGGAGCGCACGCCGGGUUCGGAGGAGGAGGAAGAAUCGGAAAAGGAGCAAAUAUCCUCGGCGCUCUACUUCCCCCAUCGCCGAAUAAAGCCAAGCGAGCAGGCUGCCAAAGAAACAAACAAUCAAGAUAGAGAGGUAAAUGCUGUCGAGAAGAGGGCUUCGAUUCACGAGAGUGCAGUGCCCAAAGGGUGGGCCACUGAGAAGGAGGUGCAGACCCCACAAGAGGUAGAAAUUUCUCUGCAAUCCACAGAUACAAAUCAAUGCCUACAUGGUGACAUCCCCACGGCAGCUCCCGUAAAGAAAGACAAAGAUCAGCCGUUGACACCCUCGGCUGUUGAUUCGCUUUCAGGUGAAUCAGAGCCCGAGUCGCUCGCCGAGUCGGCUCAAUCACUCCUUGGCUAUGAAUCCAGUGCGACUGAUGAUCUAGGCACGACGCCCACUGCAGCAACCUACAAGAAAGAACCCAAGGCUGCUUCGACAGUACCAUCUCAGCCGCCAGCCCCACUGGGUGCUGUCGAGUUGAAACCAUACGACCACCAAGUAGGCGGCCACUCGACUGUUUACCGCUUCUCAAGACGCGCAGUCUGCAAGCAGCUAAAUAAUCGAGAAAACGAGUUUUACGAAACAGUCGAGAGGCAGCAUCCGGAACUGCUAGAUUUCUUGCCAAGGUAUAUUGGUGUCCUGAACGUGACUUACCGCAAAGCACCCAAGAAGAAGAAAUCGCACAAGGACAAGGCCAAACACGAUGCUGGCAUGAACACAUCGACGACGCAGUCAGAAAAUCCUUCAAGGCAGGCCUCUACAGCCCCUAGUGAUCCAAGCAAGCCGGAACCGACUCGAGUUGUUAGUCAUUCCCAGCAAAUCAUGCCUACCCCUCAAGUCAUUUUUGAGAACAAUCGUCACAUCAUCCCGGAUAAUUUGUUUCGAGUACCACCACGCUCUACAACGCCUGAUCCAUGGAUGAAAAGUUCUUCGUAUUCUUCUUCACAGCAGCAUCGACGAUAUCAGAGCGACUACGGGUACCCUCCGAGAAGCUCCUCACGACCACCAUUGCAGCAUACCACCAGCUGGGGGGUCACAACAAUCAACCGAAAGCUGCAAGAGGAAGUUCUGCGACAGGUUUUUGCUCCACCAACCAUACAUCACCGGCAACGCCACCAUCGUCACCAUGUCAUGGCCUCACGCGCCGUCGGAGAUUCCCCGCAGUCCACGGUAGGCUCUGCGCCUACGAUAAGGAGGAACAGCACAGAUGUGGCCACGUUGCAUUCGCAGCCUCCAGAAGAAUGUACCAGGAAGCAGGUGUUGAAGGCAGAAGCGCGACGUCAUGCUUCGGGCGGAAGCGCUGAUUUCCCCAGCCAUAGCUCAAUACCAGGCUCUGGAAUCAAUGAUGAAGCAUCAAAACCGCCACCCGGCAUCCUUCCUCGACGUCGCCACUCCGGUAGCGGCUUGACCAGGAGACCCCUCGGAAUUGAUACUGAACAGCGCCAUGGUCUUGAGUACUACGAAGAGGACGGUUAUGGUGGCGAUGCAGAAGAAGAGGUUUUCAAAAUGGACGAAGACUCGAAAACUAGCAGUCAGGAAGACAGAGGCCGGUCGUUACACAACAACAAAGCUCCCAAAGCACACCAUUCCGAAGCGCCACCAGAAGGCACCAUGUUACCAGCAGCCCCUGUCGCGUCAAGUAACAUGACUUCUCCACCUAGCGAAGAGCCAAGCAAUCCUGACAGUGCCCUACAGCAACCUGAUGAGCGUGUGCAGCAUUUCCUCCUCCUUGAAGAUCUCACUGCAGGUAUGUCAAGGCCCUGUGUUUUGGAUCUGAAAAUGGGCACGCGCCAGUAUGGCAUCGAAGCAGACGAGAAGAAGCAACGUUCUCAGCGGCGCAAGUGCCAAAUGACGACCAGCCGAGAACUUGGCGUACGAGUCUGUGGCAUGCAGAUCUGGAAUGUGAAGACACAGAGUUACAUCUUCGAAGACAAGUAUUUUGGUCGCGAUCUCAAGGCCGGGAAAGAGUUUCAGGACGCGCUGAAGCGUUUUUUCUGGGACGGAACCGGGUACAAGGCGGCAACUAGACACAUUCCCGUCAUCUUGGAGAAGAUCAGCCAGUUGGAACGUAUGAUCAAAAACCUGCCCGGGUAUCGAUUCUACGCAAGUAGCUUGCUAAUGCUCUAUGAUCGCGGGGAUAGUGAUUCAAAAGAAAAGGAUGGUUCAACCACACAAUUGAAUGGUAACUCUGCAACGAAAAACGAAGAAGCUGCUACUGGAUCUUCCGGGCCAGGGAAUACGUCCCCUCCGAAAGCGGAAAAGCAUUCAGAGAUCAAGCUCAAGAUUGUUGACUUUGCCAAUUGCGUGACGGCAGAAGAUCCCUUGCCUGACGACCUUCCCUGUCCUCCAGAAAACCCCAAUGGCAUCGACAGGGGUUAUCUCCGUGGACUUCGAUCGCUGCGAUUGUACUUUCAGCGCAUUUGGAACGACAUCAACGAAGAGUGGGUUGAGCGAGGUGAAGGCGAAGGCAUGGCGCGCAACCACCACCACGGACCCGGCCUGGGCGAAGUUGGCGCAGGCUGGAUGGACGACACUGGAGGCGAGGAUACUGGCUAUGUCAGUUUCUAA